UCCUUACUAUAAAUAGCCUUUCUAUAGGCUUAUAUUUGUACAUAUCUCACUCAAAAAUCUAUUCAUAGCAAAACAUCAAAGCCAAGUUCUCAAACUAAACUAUUAGUAUAUCUUUCGUUCGAUCGACUUUAUUAUGACAAUUAUGGCUAUUCGUUUCCUUUCUGUGUUCUCGAAUACAAAGAAAGUUCUUACAAAACAUCAGCAAGUAAUUGUUCCAAAAGGGCACAUCCCGGUUUAUGUAGGAGAUCAAGCUCAUAGGAAGCGAUAUGUGGUGCCGCUUUCUUGCUUAAGCCUCCCGGAAUUCCAAGACUUACUACGAAAGGCUGAAGAAGAGUUUGGGUUCGAUCAUGCUAUGGGUGGUUUGACGAUUCCUUGCACUUCAGAAGCGUUCUUUGAACUCCUCAAUUGAAGUACAAACUGACACUCAAGUAAAAUGAUUUUGGGCGACAAUAAAAUG